AAUCAAUGAUUUGCUGACAUUUAUUUUACAGAAAAAAUGUUGGAUAAUGGAAGACUACGCAAAUAUUACAAGAAGUAUCAAAACAUUUACUUUACUAGGAUUUCCUACUUCUCAACCAGUUCAGAUGCUUCUUUUCUUCAUUUUUUUUUCCACCUAUCUUUUAACCAUUCUAGAAAACCUGCUUAUUAUAACCCUUAUCUGGACCACCUCUAAGCUACACAAACCAAUGUAUUUAUUUCUUGGAAACCUGGCAUUUCUGGAAAUAUGGUAUGUUACUGUCACAGUGCCCAAGCUUCUUGCAAUAUUUGCUGUUGGCAGUAAUAAAGUUUCACUUACUGGUUGUAUGACACAACUCUAUUUCUUCAUUGCUUUGGUGUGCACAGAGUGUGUUUUGCUGACUGUUAUGGCCAUUGACCGUUAUGUGGCCAUUUGUAGUCCUUUGCAUUAUGUCACCACCAUGAACUGGAACUCAUGUGUCUUCCUUGCCUUGGGCUCCUGGUUUAUAGGUUUCAUCAUAUCUUUUAUCAAAGUUUACUACAUUUCCCAGGCAGAGUUUUGUCACACUAAUGUUAUAAAUCACUUUUACUGUGAUAUAUCUCCUAUUCUUAAUCUUGCCUGCACAGGCAGAAGGUUGGCUGAGCUUGUUGACUUUAUACUUGCAUUGUUAAUGCUUCUAGUCACCCUGUUGCUCACAUGUAUAUCCUACAGCUGUAUUCUGGCCACCAUUCUAUCCAUCUCAACCUCCACUGGUCGUAAGAAGGCAUUCUCCACUUGUGCUUCUCAUUUGGUUGUGGUCGUUAUAUUCUAUGGGGCCACUCUCUUUAUGUAUGCCAGACCAAGCAGGAUUAGAUCUGUGAAUUCCAACAAACUUGUGUCUGUUAUCUACACAGUGAUAACACCUUUACUGAAUCCAAUAAUAUACUGUCUGAGGAACAAAGAAGUUCAAGAGAUCAUGUGGAAGUUGCCAUUUCUGAGAAAAAAUCUAAAUGUAAAUAGUGCACACAUCUUAUUGUCAUUCAUAUUUGGGAAAUCCAACACUAAAGUCAAAUAA